AUGGCCGCGGUGGCGCACGACGUGGCCGCGCUGCGCCUGCAGGGCCGCGACGCGCAGCUCAACUUCCCCGGGUGCGUCGCCUGGCUUCCCCACCCCGCGACCUCGCACCCGGCCGACGUCCGCGCCGCGGCCGCCAAGGCCGCCGACCGGGUGCGCUGCGACCCGGCGGGCCCGGCGCUGCUGCUGCUGCAGCAAGUGCAAGUGCAGGUGCAGGCGGCGCGGUGCCACGACCACGACCACGAGUUCGGAGCCGGGCCGGGGCCGGUGGUCGAGCUCGGGAGCGACGAGGAGUUCGCGCUGGGCCUGGACUCGCCCAGGCUGUGGACCGAGAUGGCGGAGGCCAUGCUCCUCGACCCGCCGGGCUGGGCCACCGGCGUCGGCGAGGCGGAGGUGGCCCAGUGCUGGUCACACGGCUCCCUCUGGGACGCAUGCUAG